GCCGCGGCGGGCUCGGCGUGCCCGCUGCUGGCCUGGCAACUGAACACGGAUUUGUUCGGAAUCUGACUGCACCACUGUGCUCGCGGUUCAGAGAAACUCACCCUCCCCCUAGCAUGAGCGGCCCCUUGGAGACUCUGCCGUCCUGCGCACGCCGCCCCAGGGAGGGGGGCCUGGAUUCGGGCUGCGCCACCAGCUCCCCGCACCAGCCUGGCACAAGAGCUGCUCCCAAAGGCUCUGGACCCGUGGCAGCAGCAGCAGUGGCUCGAGGACCUCAGAGACUUUCCGAGCCCCCAGUGCCCCACUUUGUGCACCCCAGGCACGACCCCGAACCCUUCUUGGAUGCAGAGCUGUGUGAGGGGGACAACAUGGAGCUCCUGGCUCGAGGCAGUGGUGCUGGACUUGGACCCGGAGCUGGGGGAGGGUCCCCUUUGCCCCGCUAUGAGCUGGGGGAGCCCCCCUGGCACCCGCUGGCUGCGUUUCCAUGGUUCCACGGGACCCUAUCCAGGCUCCGUGCAGCCCAGCUGGUGCUGUCGGGGGGCGCAAGGGACCACGGGCUGUUCCUGCUGCGGCACAGCGAGACCCGGCGUGGGCAAUACGUGCUGACUCUCAACUGCCACGGCAAGGCCAAGCAUGUCUUGGUGUCCCUGAAUGAGGCCAGCCAGUGCUGGGUGCAGAACCUCUUAUUCCCAAGCAUCUUUGACAUGUUCGACUAUUUCCGGGUGCACCCGAUUCCACUCAAGUCAGAAGGCGAUGCCACCCUGCUUGCCUAUGUCGAGGCCCCACGCUGGUUCUCCGGGCUCUCCCCCCCACACUCCCUGCCAGGCUGGCAUGAGUGAUGCCAGCGCCAGGCAUGGGUGGCCACUCACAACUUUGCCCGGCACUGUCACGACUUUGUGGAGUCCCACCUGGGUGGGCCUGAAGCAGCCGCUGUUUCCUGAUGCCUUUCCUGGAGCACUUUGAGGCCAAGGUCACCCAAGUGGCCACUGAGGAUGGCAGGGGAACUGGUGGGGGGGGCCUCCCAAAUGCCACCACCACCCUAGGGUGCCCCUGUGGCUACACGAUUCCAUCUCUGAGGUGUCUGCUGCUGCUGUGCACUCAGAACACCCUUAUUGUGGAGACUUUUGAAAGGUUUUGUGAUACCCCCACCUUGCAGGAGGUGGUUUUUUUGUUUGAGUUUUGUCUGGGUUUGUUUGGUUUUUGGGGGGUUGGUUGGUUGGUUGUUUUGUGAAGGCAAUUUAAUUCAGCAGCAUUAUAAGAAUAAAAAUCAGGAUUCAGAACAGAGUUGUUUUAUUAAAAUUAAAUGCUUUGGUAUACUAUAUUCCUUGAGUCUGAUUAAAGGUAUAAAAAUGUUAUUGAUGGGUAAGUAGGCACAUGGUUAAUGAGUAUUUCUGUGAUGGAUGCACUCCCUAGCAGACUUUCGACAAUUUGACUCCAUUUUGCACUCUUUUAUUUAAUAGCAUACAAAUUAGGGCAAAUGGCAGAAUUUUGCUACCAAAUAAAUAGCGUUAUUUUGCUAAGAUAAUGUUUAAUCUGUAUCCUGUGAAAUAAAAUGUAUUUUGAAAUAGUUUUCAAAUGCUGGUAAAUUUGAGUACAGAAUGAAUAGAUUUCGUUGCUUGUUUGAAAGACCUGGAAGAAAUGGAAGCUGCAUUUAUUACAUGAUGAGAUUUUUGGUUUCUUCUGUCAGAGAUGUACACUGGAAACUUGGAAGCAAUUUGUCUUUGUAACACUGGCAAACAGUUGUAGUCUGUCUCCAUUAUUGUUUUUUUACAGUUUAGUUAACCUAUAGCUAAUUAGAAUGAGCCUGUUAAUGUGUGGUUUCUCUGCUGAAGUUUAUUUACUUUGCAAGUACUCACCGAAAUCUUUGCUGUUUCUGAAGGUGAUUUACAAGCAAUAAACUCAGUUUGCCCAUGUUAAAAGUACUUUUUAUUUUUUUAAGAUUGUUACUAAUUUUGAGAGCUGAUAGUAAGAGAUGAAGAAAAAUACAGUCUUUGGACUAAGUCAGCUUAUGAGACCUUGGAAUUUACAUUGACUUCUGCUGAACUAGAGAUGCUUAAAGGCUGUUUCAGUGUCUAGUCAGAGUCCUAUUCUUACAUAAUUUUAAAUCCAGACAGUGGCUGCACUUAUGGUUUACAGUAAUGCCAGAAGAGAGAUGGAUCCUAUUACU